ACCGCUUCGGGACUGAACGCAGCGUCUCUGUGUCCUUCAUCAUCACCUCCAUCACCCUCCUCAUCCUCGCCGAUCGAUCCUCGCCGCAUCUUCAUCCUCCUCAUCCUCAGCGUCAUGUCCGGAUCAAAGGAGGAUUCCCGCCGCGCCUCCAGCGAUUGGCGGGACUUUUUCUGGAACCCGCGGACGCACGAGCUGCUGGGACGCACGGCCACGAGCUGGGGCCUGGUCCUGCUCUUCUACCUGGUCUUCUAUCUGUUCCUGGCUGGGCUGUUCGCUCUCACCAUGUACAUCCUGCUGCUGACGCUGGACGACUACAAGCCCACCUGGCAGGACCGCCUCGGCACGCCAGGUGAGAGGGAUGAACCUGGUUACCAUGGUGACGGUCCCAGGUUCUGUUGAUGACCCAGAGAUUCC